CGCGGACAUCAUGUGGCCAACACCAGCCUGAGAGACACACCACACACAGGGGACCCUAUAUAAGCUCUGCAGCUGUCAGGUGAAGGACACUGACUGCUUUGCUCAAAGGGGACGACUCGCUUUAGGGGAUUACAGCUCUAGAUACUCAUAGACCCAAACUGUAACCAUGUCUCACGCUUGGGGAUACGCAGCGGACAACGGACCCGAAAAAUGGUGUGACAAUUUCCCUAUUGCCAAUGGACCCCGUCAGUCUCCCAUUGACAUCCUACCUGGUGAAGCAUCUUUCGACGGAGGGCUGAAGCCGCUCUCCCUGAAGUACGACCCCUCCACCUGCCUUGAUAUCCUCAACAACGGACAUUCCUUCCAAGUGACCUUCGCAGAUGAUAGCGACAGCUCAACUCUGACAAAUGGACCAAUCACAGGGACCUACAGGCUCAAGCAGUUUCAUUUCCACUGGGGGGCUUCUGAUGACAAGGGCUCUGAGCACACCGUGGCCGGGACCAAGUAUCCUGCUGAGCUCCAUCUGGUGCACUGGAACACCAAAUACCCAAGCUUCGGUGAUGCUGCCAGCAAGCCCGAUGGUCUCGCUGUAGUCGGAGUUUUCCUGAAGAUUGGUGAUAAAAAUGACAGUCUCCAGAAGCUUCUUGAUGCUUUCACUGGCAUUAAGACCAAAGGCAAACAGACCACUUUCUGUGGCUUCGACCCUGCUACCUUGCUCCCUGGUUGCCUGGACUACUGGACAUAUGAUGGCUCUCUGACCACACCCCCUCUGCUGGAGAGUGUUACCUGGAUUGUCUGCAAAGAGCCCAUCAGUGUCAGCUGUGACCAGAUGUGCAAAUUCCGCGGCCUGCUCUUCUCUGCUGAGGGUGAGGCCGAGUGCUGCAUGGUAGACAACUACCGCCCUCCCCAGCCGCUCAAGGGUCGCGCUGUCCGUGCUUCCUUCAAGUAAACUCCCCCCCCCCCCCCCAUACCCUUUUUACCCUUUUGCCCCUUCCCUUCCCCCUUUCCUUUUUAGUGAAAUGCCCAGUUACCUCUUGCAGUUAGCCACAAAGCACACAUAUCUCACUCCAUCCAACCUUUUAAAGAAAUUAAAUUCCAGUGGUCUGUUGCUUUUAAUGCUGAGCAGUCUAACUGUGAAAUAGAGCACUUGCAGGAUUUGCAUCUCUAUUUCUACAUGCGUAAUAAACCAGCAAAGAUGCCCUGUCGUAAUUUAUUUUAUAAGACAAACACUUCACCAGGAAAGGCAACACGUUUACCAGGAUUUUACAUCUGGUGCACAUGCUUUGUGGAGACAUUAGGUGUGUGGGUCUCCUUCGCGUUGCCCAGGAUGGAUAAUGAAGAUUAAUUACAGUCAAAAUGGUGCUCUUGAGGAUGUAGAAAGCACAAGCUAGUUGCAGUGAGCAGGGGGAGGAUGAAACUAUAUCACCAUCUGUGAGGAAGGUAAGGUGCAGAUAAGAGAUGGCUGUGCGUUCAUUUGCACAUGCAGGCUGCAUACACUCCCACUGCCAGUCUGUCUGUAAUCUCUGACUGACUGCCAGCCUCUGCAUCACAGCAGCUUAAUGAAACACUGCAGCCGCCUCCAUCACAACUGAUUGACUCAGAAAAUCCCCCUCUGGCACACACACACACACACAGCAUUGCACUCAGUCUCAUGCAGCAGACAUGAUGCCUAUAGGCAUUGACCUGCUUAUUGAUUUCAGAAUAUACAACAACAGAGGACAUGAGGACACACUGCUGUUAGUGCUAGCUACUGAACAUCACAACAAUGGCUUACUUACAAUCUAAUCUUCAAAUCUUUCAUGUGUUUGUCAUCCCAUAUUGUGUUUUUAUUAUUAUUAUGGAUUAUGUCUUCUUUUUUUUAGUCUGCUUAUGCAAAAUAUGUCUUAAGUGAUUCCUAAAUUAUGUUUUGUAACCAAAAGCUCUUCUGCAUUUUUGAGGAUUAAAUAGCAAUAGAAAGGAAUGAUUCUCCUUUUCCAAAUGAAAUUGAAUGUGUAAAAAAAUCCCUUCUUGUGUUGUACUGGAAUUCAAGUGUAUCGAGUGCUAAUGCUUAAAGCGCACAGUCGCCACGUGGGCGAUGCCAUUGUGGCAAAUGCACAAAGCCAAGGAAGAAAUAACCCUGCCAAGAAAGCCAAGGAAGAAAACAACAUGCCAACAAAUACGAUUAUAGUGUCAGCCUGGUGUCAGGCCCUGCAUAGAAGACUAAUUAACAAAAUAGUUUUGGGGCCGUUGAUUCAAUUCUGAAACAAUGAAGUUUGGCAAAGCAAUGUUUUUACAGAAAGAUUGUAAUUAACAUUAAAAAAAGACAAAACGCCUUAUGCAAAUCACUAUUAGGGCCGGCCCAGGGGUGUGUCUUGUUGUUAUUCUCUUUUGGAAGUGGAUGUUUUACUAGUUUAAUAAAUAUAUUUUAUGACUAA